AUGCCCGACAAAUACGUCUUCCAAGGGUUUAUGGCAUUUGCCAUCUUUGGCCCCAUCCCAUUAUCUGGCAAGACACUUUCUUGUUUUGCAGGCAAUGACGAUAGCAAAGUGCAAAAGAAAUCGAGGAAGCAAGUUCGAGAGGAAGAAGCACAGCAACGAGACCACGAGCGAGCAGCUAAUGUUGGUGGUGACGACGUAUUCAAGAGAGGAGUCCCCGUACACGAAAAGAAGAUGGCAUACCAGAUGGCAUCAACAGCUCAUGUUCAUGCCCAGAAGAAUGCAAGAGAUCUGUUGGCCAUUGCGAAUGCUGAUCAUGCAGCUACAUCCAAGGAAUUCUUUGAGGUUGUCAAGCUCUUGAAGGAAUCUACGUCCGAGGAGGAAAAAGAAACAUACAAAGAGUGGAAAGAACAGCUUGCGAAAGACCUUGGCGGCAUACGCAAGAGGAAGAGACAGUUGCAAGAAAAAUGCGACAGUCUCAUGAAGGUUUCGAAGCAAGAGAGUGCAAUGGCAAAUGACUACUUUGGACGAGUAUCGAAUGUGGUGAAGGCAACGUCGCCAGUUCCACAACCAAGUCCAUUGACAGUGGACACUGCUGUAGCUUCCCACCCUGCCAUCAACAAGACCAGUGAGGAAUACCAAUCGCAUUGUUCUCAGCUUGCACAAUCCCAGGCAUCGGAAGCUUCCUCGGAAAUGUCCAGGACAUCUCAUGCAGUAUCGAGAGCAGCAGUUUCUCUUUCCCAAGACCAAGUUGCUAAUUCUCAUCAGUUGUACAGUUCGCAGCUUGCUUGUUCUUCCGAGUUUCCGCAAUUCUCACAGUUUUCGCAAUUGUCGGGGCAGAGUUUCCUUUCCGAGAACAACAACAACAACAAAGAACAACAAGAGGUCACCGAAAUCCACAGUGACGAAGAAGACAGUAGUGAAGACGGUGACCCCAAGCCUGUUGAUCCAGCUGAAGAGAGUCUCCUUAAUCGCUGUGAAGCAACCAUCGCUAGGUCUCGCCAAAGUGCUGCCAAACGUCGCAAUGGCCUCGAUGACUCAGACGAUGAUGAAGAAGGCGAGGAAGACGAAGACGAAGAAGAAUAA